AUGCCAGAAGCCAACCAGCCGUCUGCCGGCGGUACUGAGCGUCUUGACAUACCUCACAACAAUGUCUCGUCGCAGUCGGUCGCAAUUCGCGAAAGCUCGCUCGAGUCGUCGCAAUCUUCGCAAUCAUCGCUGGGGAACGAUUGGUCCUCUGCGCAUCAGUCCGAACCACCGCGAGAAACUGGAUUGUACAGAGCCGGAGCCUUGGCGAAUCGUUCAGAGAACCGAAUAACCCCGCAAUUCGCGAGCGUAAAAAACGUCGGUAUUCCAUCUGCUGCGGUUACAGGCAUUACGUCUGAUGGCCUAAUCAACGGCGAGCAGUCAUAUACUGGCGCAUCUUCCUCGUCGAACAGCAGUGAGGAGAAGAGCCUUGCCGAGGCGGCAACAGCAGUGGCAGGGACGAGCGAAGCAGCGACGAUCCCGACAGCGGCUGGUGAUGCGGCAGCAGUAGUGAGGGACGCGAUUGGGGAGAUGGAAGAGGGGAGUGUGGGUGGCGUACCGGGCGGGGAAGGCGUGGGGGUUCAGUUGCAGCAGGCGCAGGCGCAGUUGCAAGCGCAGCUUCAGGAGCAGCUGCAGGCAUUGGAGAACCUGAUGUCGCUGCUCGGCCUAGGCGUCGCUUCUGCUGCGAAUUCGCGGAGACCUGCGGAGCCGGGGGAAGAGUGGGGGGAUAGCGGAAGCGGAACGGCGGAUUGGGUCGGCGGACGAGAGGAGCGCGCGCGUCGGAAAAGAGAGAAGCUGGCCAUGGCGCGUGCAGCGAGCAGGCUAAAGAGCAUAAGUGUUGCGAAUAUGGACAAUAAUACGAGGAGCAUCGGAUUUGGCAGCAGCGGCAGCAGUAGCGCCAUGGGUGACAGUGACGGGAGCGACAGUAGCAGGGACAAAAAUACGGCAUUAGGGUUCACUGGCACAGGGAGUCAGCCGGUGUCGACUCGACCCUUCGAGAAUCGAAGUAAGCAGUACCAAGACGAUCCUGCCAGUCAGCAAUCUUCCCCCCUCGCUUCUCCCGCGGCCUCGAGCGUUACUUCGUCCACCCCUUCCCCGUUCGCCUCCCCCUCGGGCGCGGAAGCAGAGGGCGCGGAGCGGAAGGUUCUAGAGCGCGCAGUGGUGGAGAUGGCGUUGCUGCAGGAGGUGUCGCGCGGCGGGAUCGAGGGCUCGACUCUGGAGGAAGAGUGGGGGGAGCUGCGCCAGGCAGUCAGCCAGGACCCGCAACUCUCGCGACUCUAUAACGAGUACGCGCGCGACGCGCUUCUGGCGCGGGAAGAGCAGCGGCGGCAGGAGGCGGGCGGGGGAAGGUGGAAGGUGGACGCGCGGGGGAGGAGGAUCAGGAAGCGGAGACGGGGGCGGAAGGCGGAGGCGGAAGGGGAGGAGGGGAUGAGCAGCAAGGCGCGGACGGAGGAGAGGCUGCGGCGGUGGAGGGCGGGGGUGGUGGCGGCGGCGACUCAGAGCACAGUGGUGGAGGUGGCGACGAUGGUGGUGCUGAUGGUGCUGCCCAUUGCGGCAGGCGCGUUUGUGUAUGUGAACGUGCAGGAGUGGCUCAAGGCCGUGGCGCCCCAGCCUGCCGUUGUGGAGAAGGAACCCUGGUGGAUGCUGUUUGGCCCAGCAGCCAGUGCAGCGGGCACAGUGUUUGGAAUGGCAGGGCUGGGCUUCGCAGCCAAGACAGCCGCAGCGGCGCCAGUGGCCGUGGCAGUGGUGCCGCAGAUGGACGCCCUCUGGCGCUCCUUUGGAGGCGCUAGCCUGGUGGCGCUGUACUGGCGCACGCUGGUGUUUGGCAAGACGUUUCGCAGCAUAGAGUGGGACCUGGAGGCAUACGAUGCGCCCAACGGCAACAUGAAGUCCAUCACCAUCCGUGUGCCCUCCCUCGUCAGUCUCAACCCCACUUCUCACUACUCCACUACUGGAACCCGUGCCUUGUUAUCUAUUGCUCCCUGGAAUGCAGUGCGCACCAAGAUAGCACUGGCGAAUGGCCUUGCGGGCGCCAGUGAGGUGGAGCAGCUGGCGCUGUGGAUCCCCAACUCUGGGGACUUUGUGGAGCCCCUGCGCCUGGCCAAGGACCUGGCGCUGAUCCCGGACUUUGGCUUUGUCAUCUGGUCGCGCACACCUGCCUCCCUGCACUGCCUGCCCUCCCGCGCUGCCAAGACCAUGCCCUCACCCACUGCUGCAGCAGGGUCAGCUGGCGCUUCUGGGGGUGGAAGUAGCAAGGCCACAGCGGCUGGUGCUGCCAUUGGAGGGAAGGCUGGUGGUAGCGACACCAAUCAGCUGCCAUUCACAGCAACCAUAAUGGAAGCUUCUGUCUCCCGCCUCUUGCCCUCCAGUAAAUCAGAGCAGGAUGGAGGACGAGGGGGAGAAGGGAUGGAGCUGGGAGAAACGAGGCAGGGAGGAACUGGAGAGGAAGUGAGGAGGGAGGAAGAACCACGAGUGCUGGCAAUGUCUGAAGACGAACAGGAUGAGUUGAUUGAGAGGGCAGCUCGUUCGUCUUCUUGUUUUGUCGCUCAAGACAUGGCGGCUAUAGAUCAGACCGAAACAGAGACGAACACAGCAGCGGCGGAGAAGACGGAGACAGGAGGAGCGGCGACGGAGAGCGAAGCGCUGGUGAAGCAUCCGCUCGAGCACCGCUGGACGCUCUGGUUCGACAACCCGCAGCAACGCGGGAAAAGCGGCGGCUCGUGGGGUAGCUCGCUCCGCGUGAUCUUCACUUUAUACAACAACAUAGUGCAGCCGAGCAAGCUGAUGAACAAGGCGGACAUGCAUCUGUUCAAGGAGGGCAUUCAACCCAAGUGGGAGGACCCCAAGUGCGAGAAGGGCGGCUCCUGGACCAUCCCGUGCUCGCGGAGCAAGGAGUACCUCGAUAACAUGUGGCUGCACUUGAUGCUGGCGAUGAUAGGCGAGCAGAUUGACGAGGGCAACGACAUCUGUGGCGCCGUGGUGAGCAUCCGACCAAACAAGGACAGAGUGGCGCUCUGGACUAAAUCCGCUGCCAGCGAAUCCAUUCAGACGAGCAUUGGCAAGCAACUGAAGGAGAUUCUGGGCGUGACGGAGCAAAUCGGGUUCUCUUCUUUUGCGGACCAGAAAGGGUCAAGUGCGAGGCCGACGACAGAGUCGAGCAAGAAGAAGCGAAGCCCGUCGCCCAAUGACAGGAAGCGGUCAGCGACGCCCGAGACGACGAUGCUGUACGUGGGCUGCCUCACGCGCAACGUCAACCAGGACCACCUGCGGGAAAUAUUCGGGCUGUACGGCGAGCUGAGCAAGGUGGAGAUUGCUAUGGACCGCGUCGUGAAUCUGCCCAAGGGCUACGGGUACGUGGAGUUUAAGAAGCGUGCCGAUGCGGAGAAGGCGCGCCUGCACAUGGAUGGGGCGCAAAUCGACGGCAGUGUGGUGAGCGCGCAGUUCGUGCUCGCGCCAAAGCCCCUCCCCCCCUCGCAGGCAGCGCAGUGCCUCUCCCCCUCGCCGCGUGAGAAGCCCUCCCAGACGCCGCUCCCCCAUCCCCUUCCGCGGCCGCAGGUACCGCCCUCUCCCUUCUCCCCAUCCUCCCCACCCCCCCCCUCCCCACACUCCCCACCUUCCCUACCGUCCCCACCCCACGCACCCUUCUCACCCUUCCCUCCCUCCCACCUUUUCCACCCUCCCGCGCCACCGCCCAUCCCACCCUCUCCGCAACCUCCUCACAUUGCUCACCCACCUUCCACGCUUUACCCACCUUCCACGCUUUACCCACCUUCCACGCUUUACCCACCUUCCACGCUUUACCCACCUUCCACGCUUUACCCACCUUCCACGCUUUACCCACCUUCCACGCUUUACCCACCUUCCACGCUUCACCCACCUUCCACGCUUUACCCACCUUCCACGCUUUACCCACCUUGA